AUGGAGAACUCCGCUCACCAACUUAGAGCUGGGCUCGAGGCCCCAGUCAACAGUACUCAGAGCUGUCCUAUAUGUAGAGACCUAGAGCCCGGCGAAGGAAAUGACGAACUCAAUAUUAUCAGCACUCCAAAUCUCAGAGAUGGCUGUGGAUACUGUCGUAUUCUCAAGUCUGCCAUGAAAAGUUUAGCUGAUGGACCGACAACUCAGAUUUUGGUUCAUAGCAAAGAGGGUGAGCCUAUUAGCGUUGAGUACUUUUCUGAAAAGAAUCCAGGGGAUAGCUAUGUGAGCAAGGCCGGGUUCAUUAUCUAUUCUCAUGACAAGUCUCGACUUAUUCCUGAUCUUGGGAUCCUCGGCGCAUAUCCCAAGUCAACCGAGCUCGCCACAUCCGUCAACUUCAUCAAUGCACAGAUGUCAGAAUGCAGCACCAAACACGAGUCAUGCGCAAAACAGCCCGAGUCACCGCUCCCAACGCGCGUCGUUAGUGUUGGCUCUUCUGAUGCAGACAUUCGACUAGUGGAGUUGAAGAAUGUCCCAGCACGAUACAUAACAUUGAGCCACUGCUGGGGUAGUAAGCAGCCUCUCAGGACAAUUAUGGCCAACUUCGAAGACAUGAAAAAGUCGAUCAAUGCAACCUCUCUACCUAUUGUCUUCCAGCAAGCGAUUUGGAUCGUUCGGAUGCUAAGAAUCGAGUAUAUAUGGAUUGAUUCACUCUGCAUUAUUCAAGACAGCCAGUCGGACUGGGAACUUGAGUCUUUGCAAAUGUGUGACUACUACGAAAACUCUUUCUUAACCAUCUCCACAGCCACAUCACCAAAUUCUACCAUCCCAUUUCUCGGCCCACGAGACACAAGAUGGUGGCCGGCUAAACUCAACCUGACAAAUGGUUCGAGUAGCGAAGACGUUUACGCGCAGCGCAUAGCGGGCGAGCCAGAAGAAGAAGGAAUGCUUUUUACGCGAGCAUGGACAUGGCAAGAGGCUGCUAUGUCAGCACACACGAUUUACUUCACGCCGUCAGAGCUCAUUUGGGAGUGCUCUGAACAUAUUGUGCCACAAAGAUACAUACCCGAUCUUGAAGCAUCUGAAAGGUUGGGCUUUUCUAAAGUCUUGUCUAUUCUAAGAUUUAGCUUGAAUCAAGAUAUGGAUCCCAAUAUCGGCAGGUCAGUGGGAGAUGGUAGUGGCGAUAUCUCGGGGAGUAAAAUUCCCGCGGGCGUACCUCCGCUGGGUUUUGACUUUACAAUUUCGUCAAAUGCUUCGGCACUCUCACGUCCUGAUAGCCCCAACUCCAUCUCUAGCGACGCCGACAUAAUGAAUUACGUUUGGGAUAUGUGGGAUGACUUAGUAACGUACUACUCACGUCGUCAUCUCAGCUUUGUCACUGACAAAUUACCGGCACUGAGUGGCGUCGCGUCUCGUGUUCAUAAAAUCACAAAGUCCCGUUAUAUUGCAGGCAUAUGGGAAGAUAACCUUGGUAUCGGGCUAUGCUGGGCCAGGGCAUCUGGACGGUAUCAUGACUUACCGACCCUCGCCACGGAGUAUGUAGCACCCUCAUGGUCGUGGGCCUCGAUACAUGGGGCGGUGAAGAGUCGCAUAGAGAGAACCACCAGUACUUUUGAACCCAGCUUCACCAUUAUUGAAGCCAGCUGUAUUGUUCCAGGGCUCAACCCCUUCGGCAGGGUCACAACCGGCCACCUUUUCAUCAGAGGACAGAUCGUUCAGGCGAUGUUGACAUGCGAAGACCCUCGAACAAGUGUCUUUUAUAAAAUAUCAGGGCCUAUAGACAAAUGGGAGUUUUCUCCCGACAGCGUCCUGGUCUUGAAUAAUGGCAAUGUAUCGAGAGCUAAGAAAGGUCCAAAGCCUUCCAAGUUCACGGCCAAGAUUCAUUGCCUAUACAUUGGCUCACGAUACAAUACUCGAGGCGAUGAGAGUGAUAGAGAAUACUUCAUGUUAGCGUUGGGUCAAUCUGAGAAUCCCAAAGGCGAUACCUCAUUUUGCCGCCUUGGUCUGGCCUAUUCUCAGAGUAACUUGUUAUUCCAAGGAGCUCUCGUGCGGGAUGUCAAAGUGGUGUAA